CAAUCAGGUUGCGCCACUCUGCGCUAACGUUAGCAUCUCCUCGGCAAAACAAUAGCUCGCCCUGUGCUAGGUUCCCGUUUGUCCCGUCUCUCGCGUCAAAACAAUCGCGAUGUCGAAUUAAAUCGAAUUGUAUUUAGCAAACAGUUUCAUCCCUCGUUCGUGUUGUCCGAGUGUGGUUGUCACGACUCAGCACUGUUGACGCACCGUUUGCCGUCUUUGCUCCUCGCUAACCUUCUGCUAGGCGGCGGAGGAAGACGAAGAUGGGCUCCAUCCUGAGUCGCAGAAUUGCUGGUGUGGAGGAUAUCGACAUCCAAGCUAACUCGGCCUAUCGUUUCCCCCCUAAAUCUGGGAAUUAUUUUGCGAGCCACUUCUUCAUGGGAGGGGAGAAGUUUGACACGCCCCAUCCCGAGGGGUACCUGUUUGGAGAGAAUAUGGACUUAAAUUUCUUGGGAAAUAGGCCAGUGCAGUUCCCUUAUGUCACGCCUGCUCCCCACGAGCCAGUAAAAACCCUCAGGAGUCUGGUGAACAUUCGCAAGGAUUCAUUGCGUUUGGUCAGGUAUAAAGACGACUCAGACACGCCGGUGGAGGAGGGUGGAAAACCAAAGGUUCAGUAUGGCGUGGAAUUUACCUUCGAUUCUGACGCUCGGGUGGCCAUCACACUUUACUGUCAGGCCUUUGAGGAAUUCUCCAACGGGAUGGCCGUGUACAGCCCGAAGGACGCAUCUAUGGCCUCGGAGACGGUCCAUUACAAAAGGGGGGUUAGCCAACAAUUCUCCAUGCCGUCUUUCAAGAUCGACUUCAGCGAGUGGAAAGAGGAAGACCUCAAUUUUGACCUCGACCGAGGUGUGUUUCCCAUGGUCAUCCAAGCUGUGGUCGAUGAAGGGGACGAGUGCCUCGGACACGCUCAUGUACUUUUGGCGGCCUUUGAACGACACGUCGAUGGGAGUUUCUCUGUCAAGCCACUGAAGCAGAAGCAAAUUGUCGACCGUGUCAGCUACCUCCUGCAGGAGAUCUAUGGCAUCGAGAACAAAAACAACCAAGAAACAAAGCCAUCCGACGACGAGAAUAGCGACAACAGCAACGAGUGCGUGGUGUGUUUAUCGGACCUGCGGGACACGCUCAUCCUGCCAUGCAGACAUCUGUGCCUGUGCAACUCCUGCGCCGACACCUUGCGCUACCAAGCUAACAACUGUCCCAUCUGCAGACUGCCUUUCAGGGCCUUGUUGCAGAUUCGAGCUGUACGGAAAAAGCCUGGCACGCUCUCGCCUGUGUCCUUCAGUCCUGUUCUAGCGCAGACGAUGGACCACGAUGAGCACUCGGGCACCGACUCAGUCCCGCCGGGUUUUGAGCCCGUCUCUCUCUUGGAGGCCCUGAAUGGCCUGCGAUCCGUGUCGCCCGCUGUCCCCUCUGCGCCUCUCUACGACGAUAUAAACUUCUCGGGUGGUGAUGGCAGUCGGCAGCUGGGUUCUCCGGAGCAUCUGAGCGACGGCGGUCUGCAGAAAGGCAAAGUCAGCAAAUCACCUGACAGCACUCUGAGGUCGCCAUCUUCUCCCAUCCAGGAGGAGGAUGAAGAGAAGCUGUCAGAGAUGUCGGACGCUCAGCCACACACGCUCCUGUCUAGCAGUCCUGCUCCUACAGAUGCCACCGCAACCGAGGAUGUAGCGGAUUCUCUGUCCCCAGAUGACGAGGACAGGAUACAUGCCGGCGCUGACAUCCUCCAGGACUGCGCAAGCGAACGCAGCAGUUUGACCAAAACGGAGAGCGACCCUCCGGGCGAGCUGUCGUUGCCUGCCCUAGGCCCCGACUCCUGCUCUAUUGGUAUGGAGGAGUAAGAGCGGGUCGUCUGAGUCCACGGAGAGCCUGAAAAGUCAGAGCACCAACUGCUCCAGCCAGCCUCUCCUGUGUCCCGCAAGCAGCUUCCACAGGGAAGACGAGCACCUCCUCCCCUGAGUCCCCACCCCCCGACUCGUAGGAAACCGUUUUCUCUAUCAACGCUCUCGCAAUGUGGAUUCAAAGCACACUUAAACUCAAAUAACUCCACUUAUUCAGACAUAGUCGAUAUAUUUUUUAACAUCUGUCUGUUUGACUCUGUUAAUUACAUUCAUGAAUUUUUCAAGACAUGUUAUAUUCUUAGUGUGUGUUUGAAGUGAAUUUGCACUCAGACCAAAUACAUUUUGUAAUCCAGUUUAUAAUCCAUUCCAGACUUUACCACGAGAUUAUGCUUAAAAGGUGUAUUAGGGCAACUAUAAAAGAAAAAAAAAACAUACUAUUAGGAGUUUGAAAGAGAAAAAAAACAUGCUUUCACACAUGAAACAUUAUACGAGGGGUGCAACAAUUAUUAAUGUUAUUGUGUUACAGAUUAUUUGACAAAACAGUUCAACUAAUCGGUUAAUCAUUAUAAAACUGUUUUUGUCAUUAAAUUUUUUUAUUUGUAUCUUAUUCUAUUAUUUUUUUGUCGUAUAAUAAAAGUUUUAUGUCAUUAUAUACAGAUGUCAUACAUUUAUAAAUGAACAUACUGUAUUUUUGCAAACAGUUCUUAGGUUGACAACGCGAAAGCCUGUCGCUUCUUUGUUA